GUAUUAUUAAAAUGUUCCUUGCACACGUGCAGAGCGGAACUCUGCGGCUCCACCUUAAGACAGAGGAACGAAGCGGGUCAAGAAGAUUUGGUGGGCGGGGCUAAAAAGGUUUAGUGCAACCAAAAAAAAAAAAAUUACAACAUCACGUGGUUGGAGAUCAAAAGAAAGAGAGAGGAAGGGAAAAAAAGGAAAAAUGUGCGAGCGGCAGAAGAGGAAAGAAGAGAAGGGACGAGAAGAGAAGGGACGCGAUGCAAUGUAACGCAUGUGUCAGUCGUGCAGCUGUGAAACUGGGCUUUAAAAAGAGAAAAGUCAUUCUUUUUGAUUGUUUAUUUUGAACCCUGAGAUUCCUCCACUUCUUCCCACUUCCAAAAAAUUAGGAAAUGAUGUCCUGCUUUGCACCGAUCCAGCCGGAGAGAUGAGGAUGGUGGUGGUGGUGAUGAUGAUGAUCAUGGUAAUGCUGCUGCUGGUAAUGAUGAUGAUGAUGAUAAUGAUAAUGAUGAUGAUGGUGGCAGUGGUGGUGUUUUUUCCCACGAGAAGAAGAGGAAAGGAUUGGGUGUUCACCGUGCUGGAGCUUUUUCUUUGCUUUUUUCUCACCGUUUCGGCCAAGGACACGGCCUUCGUGGAGGUGGUGCUGUUCGAGUCGAGCCCGAGCGGGGAUUACACCACCUACACCACCGGGCUCCAGGGCCGCUUCUCCCGGGCCGGAGCCACCAUCAGCGCCGAGGGAGAGAUCGUGCAAAUGCAUCCUCUGGGUCUGUGUAAUAAUAACGAUGAAGAGGAUUUGUAUGAGUACGGCUGGGUGGGUGUGGUCAAGCUGGAGCAGCCUGAGCUCGACCCCAGCUGCCUCACCGUCCUCGGCAAGGCGAAGAGGGCGGUGCAGAGAGGGGCUACAGCCGUGAUCUUCGACGUGUCCGAAAAUCCAGAUGCCAUCGAUCAACUUAACCAGCUCUCUGAGGACCCCCUGAAGAGGCCGGUGGUCUACGUUAAAGGAGCCGAUGCUGUUAAACUGAUGAACAUUGUAAAUAAACAGAAAGUGGCACGAGCCAGAAUCCAGCAUCGGCCUCCGAGGCCCACUGAGUAUUUUGACAUGGGGAUUUUCCUGGCGUUCUUCGUAGUGGUGUCUCUGGUGUGCCUCAUCCUCCUCAUCAAAAUCAAGCUGAAGCAGAGACGCAGCCAGAGCUCUAUGAACAGGAUGGCCAUUCAGGCUCUGGAGAAAAUGGAGACCCGAAAGUUUAAGGCGAAGGUUAAAGGUCAGCGCGAGAGCAGCUGCGGCGCGUUGGAUUCUCUGAGCAGCAGCUCGACGUCGGACUGCGCCAUCUGCCUCGAGAAAUACAUCGACGGAGAGGAAUUGAGGGUGAUCCCUUGUGCGCAUCGUUUCCACAAGAAGUGCGUGGAUCCAUGGCUUCUGCAGCAUCACACUUGUCCACACUGCAGGCAUAACAUCAUCGAGCAAAAGAAAGGAAACCCUGGCCCCGUGUGCAUGGACCCGGGGAACCCGGGGCUCCACAGUCGGCAGCCAAGGGUGGUUCUCCCUGUUCACUAUCCGGGAAGAGUGCAUCGAGCUGGGCAAGUGACGGCGUUUCCAACUCGUACUAGCAUGGAUACCCACGGGAACCCAAUUACUGUAUUAACAGUGGACCAACAUCCGGAUCAGAACCUUUACCCCUCGCAGUCAAAUUUCAUUCGGAGUUACCAUGGUAUGAACCCUCAUCACUGCACCCUAGAGCAUCGAGCACUUCCUUACCCUCAACCGCAUGCCUUCAAACGCCCCAAAUUUCCUCGCAACUUCUCUCGUGCCUCUUGUUUCUCGCAGUACGAGACCAUGUAUCAGCACUACUACUUCCAAGGCUUGACGUUUCCCCAGCAGGAAGGUCAGCCCGGUGGCACGAGCCACAAGGGCCACGCUCGAUCCUUCCAACCUGGACUUCUUUACCCAACUUUGGUGCACAUGGCAGCACCUUCCUCUUCUCGUCUGGUGGACUCUGGAAGCGCCUCGGGGCUCGGAUGUUACCACGGACACGGACGAUCCGUGUGUAGCGGGUAUCUCGCGGAUUGUCCCGGCAGCGAUAGCAGCAGCAGUAGCAGCAGUUCAGGACGAUGCCAUUGCUCUUCCAGUGAUUCCAUGUUGGAUUGCACGGAAGUGAGCAACCAGGGCGUUUAUGGAAGCUGCUCGACUUUUCGAAGUUCUCUCAGCAGCGACUACGAUCCGUUCAUCUAUCGGAGCAAAAGUCCCUGCCGGGGGGCGGCUGGAGAAUCCGGUUCAGGACUACCAGCGACGUCGUCCGUUAGUGACGAUAUUUUGGCUCCUGUUUCAGGAGGUACAGACUUCGUUCCGCCUCCUGUAGGACCGUGCUACAAUUCGGGGGACCAGCUAUCGAAUUGCAGCGUUGAGCCUAACUGUAGUAGCCACUCGUCACUGGAAACCAGGGAAAUCACUAGCACUACCUCAGCCACAGCCCUAGAGGGAACCGUGGAGCAUUGUGUGGAACAAGGGGCGGCAUGUAGCUGCUGUUUUGAGGUUCCUCCGCCGAAUGUGGAGCGUAAAGGACAAGAAGGAGCAGACGGGGUAGGACGUUGCCGCCGAGGCGCCGAGCCUCAAAGCGUGUCCGUUGCUUCUGCGCAGAACUUUUACGCCGCUAGCAACGAGCUGAUGUCACCUGCCGAGCGUGCUAGCUACGACGGACUGCCUUGCUGCUUCUACACCGAAAUGAAAGUACACCGAGGAAGCGUCGGACGUUACGCCGAGGAUUAUUCCGUAAACGUACACUACGCCCAAACGGACAGCGACGGCUGCUCGGGACAAGGAUGCUGCGAACUCACUCAGCGAAUACCCAUAAUCCCUGAGGACACGGACUGCGAAUUGGGUCUCGUUUCCGAGCCUCAAACAAACCUUCUAACAGGACAGAACAGGACUUCCUUAGACACUAAUCAAGGGUUUUUCACCUCAGGACAAUACAGAGGUCAAACAUAUCAACAGCAACAAGACGAGGAAGCGAGAGCGCUGUUUUCCGCUCAGUUUAAAUUGAGCAAAUCUACAACCGAGGGCUCUGGAUUGUAAAGGGUGAGGGGUUGGGGGUUUUGUUUAGGGGGGAGGACUAGAACGGUCUCACGAUUACCGAGUUCAUACGAAUUUGCACGUAUUACGAGUUGUGAACGGCCAACAUUCAUUUAAGACGGGGGCGGAGUUAUCAGUCAUAGCUUUUUCUUACGAAUUCGGUCGCGAGAGUCUUUGCCGCCGUUAAAAAUUCAUCUCGCACGUCUCAAAGUGUACUCCUGAAACGGAAAUCAUUUCUCUUCGCUUGAAGUGCGGUUUCAUUUUUAGUCGACGCUCUUCAUUCCCGUGGGCUUCAGAAUCUUAGCCACACCAAGUAUUUGAAAAAAAUUUUUUUAAAAGCAACACAAGGGGUUUUAAUUCCACACGUCAACAGGGUUUAUCGACGUUUAGGGUACGGUUAAUAUUAAAGAAAGCACGUGGCUUGUUCUGGCUACAAUUUGGAAACAUUGUAUUUAUUUAAUUUUUUUUUUUAGGCCACCUUUCACAGCUGACGGUUUAGGUGUACGAGUACUUCGUCGUUUAUAAUUAUUACGGUCAGGACCGCGUGACAUGUCAGCUAGCUAGAUCAUCAUCACUUAGGUAAAUAAAACCAAAAGCGAACGUUUCAGAGGAAGCUGGGCGUGGGCUGUUUCCG